AUGGCGAAAUCGUUGAGAUCAAGAGUUAAGAAAGCACACAGAUCUGCUAAGCGUACGAGAGAAGACUCAGACUACCACAUAAAGGAUCAAGCUAGAUUAGCAAGAUUGAAUUCACGUUUGACUAGCACAGCACCUGCAGAAGAGGCUACGAAAGACAACAGACCGGAGUUUGCAGAUGAUUUGAAGGAUUUCGAGAAAGAAGAAAAGGAGGAGUCAAUGGAGGAGGACGCUAAGAAGGUAUCUACAUCUGGUAGGGACCUCGGACGCCAUCGUAAGCGUCAGCAGGCUAAAAGGGGCGCUGGAUUCAACGGUAGAAAAGGCGGUAACCGUAAGAAAUAA